GGCGCUCGGGGCAGCCCCCUCUGGAGAGCUGGGGGCGGUUUCCAGGGUCCUCAGUGUCCCCUGACCCCGGGAGAGCUGGAACAAAAGUAAAAAUAUUCACUAACAAAAUGAAGAUCCUGCUAAUUAUAUUUGUCCUAAUCCUUUGGACUGAAACAUUGGCAGACCAGAGCCCAGAGCCAGGCCCUGAGUAUGCAGAUGUUGUGUUUCUGGUGGACAGCUCUGAUCACCUGGGAACUAAGUCAUUUCCAUUUGUGAAGACAUUUAUUAACAAGAUGAUCAACAGUCUCCCCAUAGGGGCUGACAAAUACCGUGUGGCCCUGGCCCAAUACAGUGACAAGCUUCACAGUGAAUUCCACCUGAGCACCUUCAAAGACAGGAACCCCAUGCUGAACCACCUCAAGAAGAACUUUCAGUUCAUUGGUGGGUCCCUGCAGAUAGGAAAGGCGCUUCAGGAGGCUCACAGGACCUAUUUCUCUGCACCCAGAAAUGGGAGAGACAGGAAACAGUUUCCCCCAGUUUUGGUGGUCCUGGCUUCGGCGGAAUCUGAGGAUGAUGUGGAAGAGGCUUCAAAAGCUCUGCAGAAAGAUGGGGUGAAAAUCAUCUCCGUGGGGGUGCAGGAAGCUUCUGAGGAAAACCUGAAGGCCAUGGCCACAUCCCAUUUCUAUUUCAACCUUCGGACAGUCAGAGACCUCAGCACAUUCUCCCAGAACAUGAUACAGAUCAUCAAGGAGGUAACAAAGUACAAGGAGGGAGCAGUCGAUGCUGAUAUACAAGUUCCCUUCCCCAUAUCCUGUCAGAAAGAUUCGCUUGCUGACCUCGUGUUCCUGGUGGAUGAGUCACUUGGGACCAGACAAAAUUUAAGGCAUCUUCAGGCCUUCCUGGAGAACAUUACCAGCUCCAUGGAUGUGAAGGAAAAUUGUAUGCGACUUGGACUGAUGAGUUACAGCAAUAGUGCCAAGACUAUUUCUUUUCUUAAAUCAAGCACAUCCCAGUCUGAAUUUCAGCAGCAAAUCAAGAAGCUUUCCAUCCAGGUUGGGAAAUCCAAUGCAGGGGCUGCCAUUGAGCAGAUGAGAAGAGAAGGCUUCUCAGAGUCACAUGGCAGCAGAAGGGCACAGGGAGUGCCUCAGAUUGCAGUCCUGGUCACCCACAGACCAUCAGAUGAUGAGGUGCAUGAUGCUGCGCUGAACCUUCGGCUGGAGGAUGUAACCGUGUUUGCCUUGAGCAUUCAAGGGGCUAACAAUACCCAGUUAGAAGAAAUAGUGUCUUACCCUCCAGAACAGACAAUUUCUAUGCUGAAGUCCUAUGCAGACUUAGAAACUUACAGUACAAAGUUCCUUAAAAAGCUCCAGAGUGAAGUAUGGUCCCAAAUUUCUACUUAUGCUGAAGAAAGGAAUCUUGAUAAAACUGGCUGUGUGGAUACAAAAGAGGCUGACAUCCAUUUCCUCAUUGAUGGCUCAACCAGCAUCCGGGAGGAACAGUUUGAGCAAAUCAAGAAAUUUAUGUUGGAAGUGACAGAAAUGUUUAGCAUUGGCCCAGACAAAGUCCGAGUUGCGGUUGUGCAGUUUUCAGACAAGAUGCGAGUGGAAUUUAGUAUCACUGACUAUUCUAAUGACAUUGACUUAAGAAAGGCUAUUUUAAACAUUCAGCAACUAACAGGUGACACUCAUACUGGAAAAGCUCUGGAUUUCAUACUGCCAAGAAUAAAAAAUGGAAUGAAGGAUAGAAUGAGCCAGGUUCCCUGUUACCUCAUUGUGUUGACUGAUGGGAAGUCCCAGUACAGCGUCGUGGAACCUGCUAAGAGAGUAAGGGCUGAGCAAAUCAUCGUUCACGCAAUUGGCAUUGGGGAAGCUAAUAAAAAAGAGCUGCAAGAAAUUGCUGGGAAAGAAGAAAGGGUUAGCUUUGGGCAGAACUUCGAUGCUUUGAAAAGUAUAAAAAAUGAAGUUAUUCGUGGAAUCUGCACUGAAAAAGGAUGUGAAGACAUGAAGGCUGACAUCAUGUUUCUGGUGGACAGUUCUGGGAGUAUAGGAAAUGAAAAUUUUGGGAAAAUGAAAAUCUUCAUGAAAAACCUGUUAACUAAGAUUCAAAUUGGUGCAGACAAAACCCAGAUUGGCGUUGUUCAGUUCAGUGAUGAACCUGAGGAAGAGUUCCAGCUUAACACAUAUUUUACACAGCAAGAAAUUUCUGAUGCAAUAGAUAGAAUGUCUCUCAUCGAUAAAGGCACUUUAAUGGGAAAGGCACUAAAUUUUGUAGGUCAAUAUUUCACCAACUCCAAGGGGGCCCGUUUCGGGGCCAAAAAAUUUCUUAUCCUCAUCACAGAUGGAGUAGCGCAGGAUGAUGUGAGAGAUCCUGCUAGAAUUCUUCGGGACAAAGAUGUGACCAUCUUUUCUGUGGGAGUAUAUGGUGCUGAUAGAUCUCAGCUAGAAGAGAUCAGUGGGGAUGGCAGCCUUGUUUUUUACGUUGAGAACUUCGAUCAUCUACAGGCACUAGAAAGAAAACUUGUCUUUCGUGUGUGUGCUCUCCAUGACUGCAAAAGGAUUAAACUGCUAGAUGUUGUGUUUGUGCUGGAUCAUUCAGGUAGCAUAGCAGAACAAUCUCAAGAUCACAUGGUUAACCUAACUAUGCAUUUGGUGAAGAAGGCAGACGUUGGCAGGGACCGAGUUCAGUUUGGAGCUCUCAAAUACUCUGACGAUCCUGAGAUCCUUUUCUACCUUAAUACGUACUCGAACAGAUCAGCAAUCAUUGAGAAUCUGAGGAUGCGCAGGGACACCGGAGGGAACACGUACACUGCCAAGGCUCUCAAGCACGCAAAUGCCCUGUUCACAGAGGAACACGGCAGUCGCAUCAACCAAAAUGUGAAGCAGAUGCUGAUUGUCAUCACCGAUGGGGAAUCUGAUGACCGCGCCGAGCUCAAUGACACAGCAGCGAAACUGAGAGACAAAGGCAUCACCAUCUUUGCCGUGGGUGUAGGAAAGGCCGACCAAAAGGAACUUGAGGGUAUGGCAGGGAAUAAAAACAAUACUAUCUAUGUAGAUAAUUUUGACAAGCUGAAAGAUAUCUACGCACCUGUACAAGAAAGUCUGUGUACUGAAGCACCAGAGGUCUGUAAUCUUGAGGAAGCUGAUGUGAUUUUCCUCUGCGAUGGCUCUGACAGAGUAUCUAAUUCAGAUUUUGUUACCAUGACAACUUUCUUGUCAGACUUAAUUGAUAAUUUUGACAUUCAGUCUCAGAGAAUGAAAAUUGGUAUGGCUCAAUUUGGAAGUGACUACCAGAAUAUUAUUGAGUUGAAAAGCUCUCUGAAUAAAACCCAGUGGAAGACUCAAAUUCAGACUGUCUCCAAGAGCAGUGGGUUUCCAAGAAUUGACUAUGCCCUUAAAAAAGUGAGCCAUAUGUUUAGUCUACGUGCUGGUGGGAGAAGAAAUGCUGGUGUCCCCCAGACUUUGGUUGUUAUCACAUCUGGAGAUCCUCGCUAUAAUGUGGUGGGUGCAGUAAAAACCCUGAAGGACCUUGGAAUUUGUGUCCUGGUUUUGGGCAUAGGAGAUGUUCACAAGGAACAGCUUCUGCCAAUAACAGGCAAUUCUGAAAAAAUAAUCACUUUUCAAGACUUUGAUAAAUUAAAAAAUGUGGAUGUGAAAAAAAGAAUUGUCCGUGAAAUCUGCCAGAGCUGCGGGAAAACCAAUUGCUUUGUGGACAUAGUGAUCGGGUUCGACAUCUCCACUCAUGUGCAGGGGCAGCCUUUGUUCCAGGGCCACCCCCAGCUGGAAUCCUACCUCCCAGGCAUCUUAGAAGACGUCACCUCGAUCAGGGGGGUAAGCUGCGGGGCUGGUACAGAGGCCCAGGUGAGCCUGGCGUUUAAGGUGAACAAUGACCAAGAAUUCCCUGCCAAGUUCCAAAUCUAUCAUAAAGCAAUGUUUGACAGCUUGCUGCAAGUCAGUGUCAGUGGGCCAACUCAUCUGAACGCACAGUUCUUGCAGUCUCUGUGGGACACAUUUAAGGAUAAAUCUACAUCCCGGAGUCAGGUGCUGCUUAUUUUUUCAGAUGGUCUCCAGAGUGAAAGCACCAUAAUGCUUGAAAAUCAAUCAGACAGGCUCAGAGAAGCAGGACUUGAUGCUCUGCUGGUAGUGUCCCUUAACACAACUGCUCAUCAUGAGUUUUCCAGCUUUGAAUUUGGAAAAGGAUUUGAUUACAGAACUCAUCUGACCAUUGGAAUGAGAGAGCUGGGCAAAACAUUAUCACAGUACCUGGGAAACAUUGCAGAGAGGACUUGCUGCUGUACGUUCUGCAAAUGUCCAGGAAUUCCAGGACUACUUGGGGUCCGAGGACUGCAAGCCAAGAAGGGUUCUCAAGGUCUGAAAGGCAGCAGAGGACACAGGGGAGAGGUUGGAGACCCUGGAAUACGAGGAGACAUAGGACCCCAAGGAGAUAAAGGGAUUACAGGAUGUCCAGGGGAGCAGGGUCAGAAGGGAGUCAAAGGAUUUUCCGGACUGAAGGGAGGGCACGGAGAAGAUGGGAUUGAUGGACUUGAUGGGGAAGAGGGCUCUCAUGGACUUCCUGGAAUAAAAGGAGAGAAAGGUGAUCCAGGUUCUCAGGGCAGCCCAGGUUCCAGAGGUGCUCCUGGGCGAUGCGGAGAGAAGGGCUUCCCCGGGGAUCCGGGUAACCCGGGACAAAACAAUAACGUCAAAGGACAAAAGGGCUCCAAAGGAGAACAAGGAAGACAAGGUAGAAGUGGACAGAAAGGGGUUCAAGGCAGUCCUAGUUCCAGAGGAAGCAGGGGAAGAGAAGGCCGCAGGGGACUCCAAGGUGCCUCGGGAGAACCAGGAAAUCCUGGACCUCAAGGCACAUUGGGAGCCGAAGGAUUACAAGGCCCACAGGGGUCACAGGGAAAUCCUGGCAGGAAAGGAGAAAACGGAAGUCAGGGACACCAAGGACCUCAGGGUUCUCCUGGGCUAAUGGGAGCUAAAGGGAGCAUUGGAAGACCUGGGCUUUCAGGGAAAAAAGGAGAGCCUGGACUUAUUGGAGAUCCAGGGCCAGUGGGGCAAGAUGGGCAGCGAGGAAGACAGGGAGAUUCUGGCAUCCCAGGCUAUGGUCAGACGGGACAAAAAGGAGUUAAGGGCCCAAGAGGAUUCCCUGGAGAUGUGGGGCAGAAGGGUGACAUUGGUGAUCCCGGAAUUCCUGGCGGACCCGGACCGAAAGGAUUUAGAGGACUAACACUCUCUGUAGGCUUGAAAGGUGAAAAGGGAUCUCGAGGACUCCCAGGCCCUCCUGGAGCGAGAGGCAUUAAAGGCAUGGCAGGGCAGCCUGUAUAUUCUCAAUGUGAUCUGGUCCGGUUUUUGCGGGAACAUAGUCCUUGCUGGACAGAAAAAUGUCCAGCAUAUCCAACAGAGCUAGUAUUCGCUCUGGACAAUUCCUAUGAUAUCACAGAAGAGAGCUUUAAUAAAACACGGGACAUCAUCAUUUCCAUUGUCAGUGACCUUAACAUCAGGGAAAAUAACUGUCCCGUGGGAGCAAGAGUUGCAGUGGUUUCCUACCACUCAGGCACCAGCUAUCUCAUCCGGUGGUCUGACUACAAUAGGAAGAAGCAGCUCCUCCAGCAGCUUUCCCAAAUGAAAUAUGAAGACACCACAGAGCCCAGAGAUGUUGGUAAUGCAAUGAGGUUUGUGGCCCGCAACGCGUUCAAGCGAACCUAUGCAGGAGACAAUGUGAGGAGAGUUGCUGUGUUUUUUAGCAAUGGUCAAACAGCCAGUAGGUCGUCCAUCAUCACAGCCACCAUGGAGUUUAGCGCCCUGGAUAUCAGUCCAACAGUCUUUGCUUUUGAUGAGAGUGUUUUCCUUGAAGCUUUUGGGUUUGACAACACUGGAGCAUUUCAGGUGAUUCCAGUUCCUUCAAAUGGGGAAAAUCAAGCAUUAGAAAGACUUCGGUACUGUACACUUUGCUAUGAUAAAUGUUUUCCAAACGCUUGCAUUCAAGAGACAUUCUUACCUGAAGAUUCAUACGUGGAUGUAGCCUUUCUCUUAGACAAUUCUCGGAAUAUAGCAAAUGAUGAGUUUAAGGCUGUGAAAACCUUGGUGAGCUCAGUAAUUGACAACUUCAACAUUGCUUCAGACCCUUCAAUCUCAACCAUUGGUGACAGGAUUGCCUUGUUGAGCUACUGGGACAGUUCCAGGAGAAAUAUGGGUACAGUAAAGACAGAGUUUGAUUUUACCACUUAUAACAACCAGCUCCUAAUGAAGAAUCACAUACAGACUUCCUUCCAACAGCUAAAUGGAGAAGCCACAAUUGGUCGAGCCCUACUCCGGACCACUGAAAAUCUCUUUCCAGAAACACCUAAUCUAAGAAAACAUAAGGUCAUCUUUGUGAUCUCAGCUGGAGAAAAUUACGAGAGAGAAGAAUUUGUCAAAAUGAUGGCUUUGAGGGCCAAGUGUCAAGGCUACAUCAUAUUUGUGGUUUCUCUGGGCCCUACACGUAAGGGUGACAUGGAGGAGCUGGCCAGCUACCCGCUUGAUCAACACCGGAUACAGCUUGGGAGAAUACAUAAACCAGAUCUGAAUUACAUUGUGAAGUUCUUAAAGCCAUUUGUAUACUCAGUAAGGCGCGGAUUCAAUCAGUACCCACCAUCAAUGCUUGAGGAUGCCUGUAGACUCAUCCGUUUAGAAGGAGAGUAUAAUCAAAGUGAUGGUUUCCAAUUUGUUACUGAGCUACAGGAGGUUUUCUCAGAAGAGAAUGGCUUCACUGGCCAAGAAUUAAAUUCUGGGAGAGAAUCAUCUUUUGUAAAGUUAGAGGACAAUGGAAGUGAAUAUUUGGUUUACCUUCCGAGCCAAAUGUUUGAGCCACAAAAAUUAAUGUUCAAUUAUGAAAAGAAUCAAAAAUCACCAGAAAUUGCAAGUCUCACUUCUGGACAUGACGUUCAUGGCAGAGAAGAAGAACCAGAUCAUACUUAUGAACCUGGAGAUGCCUCACUUCAAGAAUAUUACAUGGAUGUGGCUUUCCUCAUAGAUGCUUCCCAAAGAGUAGGAAGUGAUGAGUUUAAGGAAGUGAAAGCAUUUAUAACCAAAGUGCUUGAUUACUUUCACAUUGCCCCAGAUCCACUAACCUCCACCUUAGGAGACAGGGUUGCUGUCCUGAGCUACUCUCCCCGAGGCUAUAUGCCUAACACUGAAGAAUGCCCUGUCUACCUAGAAUUUGAUUUGGUUACUUACAACAGCAUACACCAAAUGAAACAUCACCUCCAAGACUCUCAGCAGCUCAAUGGAGAUGUUUUUAUUGGUCGUGCCUUGCAAUGGACAAUUGACAAUGUCUUUGUAGGAACCCCCAAUCCGAGGAAAAACAAAGUUAUCUUUGUAAUAUCUGCUGGUGAAACCAACCCUUCAGACAAAGAAGUCUUAAGGAAUGUGUCUCUGAGAGCCAAGUGUCAAGGCUACUCCAUAUUUGUGUUUUCCUUUGGCCCUAAACACAAUGACAAAGAAUUAGAAGAAUUAGCCAGCCACCCCCUGGAUCAUCACUUGGUUCAGCUUGGCCGAACCCACAAACCAGAUUGGGACUAUAUCGUCAACUUUGUCAAGCCAUUUGUCCAUUUAAUCAGACGUGCCAUCAACAAAUAUCCCACCAAAGAUAUGAAAGCCACGUGUGUUAACAUGACCUCUCCCAACCCAGAGAACGUUGGCAGAGAAAACACCAUAUUACUUAUUCCUGAGAUAUAUGAAAUAAAGACAGAAAAUGGUGAGCUGUUUGAUGACGUUGAUUCCAAGGAGCAACAUUUCCUUGUAUUAGAAAACAGUCAUAGUAAUGGUUCUGGGACAGCUACGGAUUUGAUGCAGAAGUUAUACCUGCUCUUUUCAACUCAGAAAUUGGCAGUGAAGGACAAGGAAGAAGCACAUUUAGAAGAAACUACAGCUCAAGUGGUUGAUAAACAACAAGAAAAAGAAGAUGGUGAAGAUACGAGGUCAUCAUAGGAGAAAGAAGAUAUCUCCACUGACAUAUAUAAUCCCAUGUGGUUCUAACCAGAAUGUAUAAUCAUCUAUUAGAAGUAGAGUGGUAAAUGAGAGGGACUUUUCACAAAAACAGUUGGCUAAUAGCAUGCUACAUUUGUUCUCAAUCUCAAAUCUGAGGAGAAGAAUUUUCUGAGUGAAGACAUCAGUAAGAAGAACUGAGAAACCAGGAAUGAUUUCGUUUCUCCUGAGAAGUGGGGAAACCGACCUGUAAGAGUUAACUUUUCUUUGAAAGCUCUGCACAGUUCAGGCAUCAAUUUUGAUGAUGUAUCUGCCUGAAAAAGAUUGUCAUUAUUUUCAUCACAUCUAUAUCUCAGAUUGGACUCUUCUAAAAGCAUUUAGAAUUGGAAUUUCCUAUGAAUAUCUUCUACCCAUGCUUAAAACUGGAAAGCCAUGCCCAUGUCUUCACUAGGAUGAUGCUAACAUUUCAUCUAGCACUGAUUGCCUUCUAAAACCCACCUGUCAGGCUGCUAUUACCAACAGUUAAUGCUUUCUCUUCACCAGGACAUUGACAAAAGAAUGGAAUUGGUGAAGAAAAAAAAGAUGAGAAGAGGGUAAUUUUAUGAACUUCUAUUUUGUGCUGUAAUCUUUUGUUUACAUUUUGGCAUGCUUUGCUUUGUGUAUACUGAAUUUUUGCAGCAAAAUAAAUACAGAAAAGUACCUGCUCUAUGUGACCAGAGACAUUCUUGGGAAUUACAGUGUAGCAAGAGAUAAUUUCUAAAAUAAAAACAAGUCUGACUUGGAA